GAGUUCUCUGGCCUGGAAAUCCUCCUCUGAGCCUGCAACCGGCGACCAUUCCGAUGUGCCAACACGCUGUAGUCCUCCACUCCUCCUGGACAUUGUGACAAGGGGCCACCCAUGCAGCUUUCUUGUCGGCAAUCUCAUCUAACUUCAAUCCAUGCUUACUCAAGACUUCCUGCACGCCAAUGUUGCUUUCCCUUUCUUCUGUCGUCCCAGAAAGCCUUCGCGCAACACAACUUCUCCGUUCCACGCCAUGUGGGCCAUUCUCGCCCUCGCGAUGUUGGCGACCAAGGCAUUCGCCUUCGGACGGCGCUCAAUUCCACCUCAGAAAGUGGACGGCCCAUGGCAGGUUGAGCAUGGUGAAUUCGCGCAGCUCAUCGAUCACAACAAUCCAAGUCUGGGCACAUUUCAGCAGUCCUACUGGUACAACUACCACUUCUACCAAGGGCCGGGCUCGCCCAUCGUCCUCUUCUCUCCCUCUCACUGGAAUGGCACGGACGGCAUUGGCUUUAUCUUCAACGUCACCACGAUGGGACGUAUGGCUCAAGAGCUUGGUGGCGCCGCGAUCAACAUUGAGCACAGGUACUGCGCAGUUAUGCAGGCUCUCGACCCUUUCUGGCAGUACUUUGUUCGCAUCGAAGAAGGCAUGGCGAGGAAUUGCAGCAAGGACGUCGUCGCCGUCGUCGACCACAUCGACGAUAUACUUCUCCAUGGGUCCGCACAAGACAUUACCGAUCUCAAAGCCAAAUUCAAUCUCCAGUCGGUAAAACACAACGACGACUUUGUGAAUCAGAUCGGGUAUGCGCCAGGGCUUUGGCAGGAGGGUGAUGAAUCGGACAAUCAUUUGUUUCUCACCUGGUGCGACUACAUCGAGAACGUCAACAGUACCAUAGCUGGUCCAGAGGGCGUCGGAGUCGAGAAAGCGCUCGACGGCUACGCCAGGUGGUGGAAAGACUUCGGCCAAGCUAUCUCUGGCUGCCCUGAUGAUGACACCGCGGCAGAGUGCUACGACAGUCAUAAUGCCUCCGCCCCGAUAUACACGGACGUCUCAAUGGGAUUGCGCACCAAUCGUCCGUACACAUGGCUCAACUGCGCCACACCCCUUGGAACCUGGCAGACCGGCGCUCCCGCGGGCUGUCCAUCGCUCGUCUCGCGCCUCAUCGACGCCGAUUAUUGGCACCGUAUCUGCGGCCUCUACUUCCCUCCGACUCCCAGUGGCGAGACAUACAACCAAGGCCGAACGGUGGACGACACUAAUGCUUUCACCGGCGGCUGGAAUCCGCAGAAUAUCUCCCGCGUUCUGUUCGUUGAGGGAGAAUUCGAUCCGUGGGCUUCAGCUGGCGUUACGUCGCAGUUCCGACCGGGUGGACCGAUGGAGAGUUCGGAAAAUGUUACUGUGCUGGUCCUGCCAGGUGGGCAUCAUUGCACGGAGCAGUACACCCCGGUUGGGGGAGGGAAAGCAAUCGAGGACAUCGAAAAGACGAUCGACCAGGCUGUGGCGCAGAUUGUGAAGUGGGUUGGUGAGUGGCCGGGCAGGCAGGAGUAG